UCUGCCAAGAUGUAUGCUCUGCACCAAUUUAUGCUAAUUCAUGUUUUGACGUGCCUUAGACAAAAUGCACUUGGAAGUGAAAUUAUAAAUGGUGAAAAAGCUCCCGAGAACUCACUGUUGUAUAUGGCCUCGGUGCAGAACAAAUACGGCCACAGUUGUGGAGGUUUUCUUGUAAGUGAGGACUUUGUGGUCACUGCUGCACACUGUGAUGAAGGGAAUCCAAGGAGAAUAGUUCUUGGCACCCACGAUCUCAGCAAGCCUGCUGACACCGUGAAAGAUGUAAUCAUGAAAUGCAUACACCCAUAUUAUAUAGGUGUUGGAAAUGGGAAUGACAUCAUGCUACUCAAACUUUCUAGUGAAGUCCAACCAAGCAAAAGCAUCCAAAUGAUUAAACUUCCCUCUUCUGAAAUAAAGCUAAAGGAAAAUGAAAGAUGCCUUGUGGCUGGGUGGGGUUUGACAAAAACUGGUGGUCCAUUAGUUCACCAGUUGAGAGUAGUGAAUGUGUCUGUUAUCAGCCCAGAGGUCUGUAGGGAGAACUGGCCAGGUCUUCCGGAUGGUCUUAUUUGUGCUGGUGGUUAUGGCACAAACAAAGGGUUCUGUCAGGGUGAUUCUGGUGGCCCUCUGAUCUGUAAUGGUACAGCUGUUGGAGUUGUUUCUUUCAACAAAUGGGGCAGAUGUGACUACCCGGAUGCACCCAAUGUUUAUGUGGAUAUCGCAAAACACCUUGACUGGAUCAACGAGAUUCUCAAGAAAAAGCAUUGUUAAGUCUUACAUAAAUCUUUGCUUUGACACACUGUUAUUGUAGUUGUGCGUUUAAAUCGCUUUGUGUUUUAUGUAGAUGCAGAAUAAAUAAAUGUUUCAAAUAUUCCUCAGCAGACAUGUAAUUGUAGCAAAGUUGCUGUAGUGACAAUAUUAUUGUGAUGUCAUUUAGCUCAUUUUAACGCAAUAAAUCACUGGUAAAUGAUUUAGGGGACAGUAAAAAGGUUCCCCUGGAGUCAGAAACAAAAAAAUGCAGUCUUCGCUCAGCAUGAUGCAGUUAUUAGAUGAGAUGAGAUCAGGUUUUCAAGGUUGGCUGGGUAGUUUUAAGAGUGCACCCUGGUGCGCACCCUAUGACGGCUAGGAUAGGCUUGAGCUCUGUAACCCUGGGUUUAACAAGAAAAUGUAAUUGCUCUGAGCGGUUUUUGAUAUGGGCGACAUGGGCGGUUGCCCAGCGCACCCAACAGGCCAGGACAUGCUAAUGCUAGCUGUGUUUCCAUAGAUCCUAACUGAUCUCAGAGCGGUGAGAGCAGACCAACGGUACUUUGGCUUGUGAGCUACUCUCCAUUCAGUUUACAAACACCAGCGGUUUAGCCACAAUUCGCAUGCACAAAUCACCAGAAAAAGCAAAAAAAAAAAACUGCCGGACUCUCAGCUUGUCCAGCUCCAGUCAUUGUUAAAAGGAGACAGACACACCCAGACACUGUGAGA